AUGGCGUCAAGAUCGGGCUCGGAAUCCAACUCCUACCCGCGGCUGCCUCGAGUCGAAAACGAACAACUCAUCCCAGCCUUGUCUCCGCCGCUGCCUCCUCAACGGACCCUAAACACCCCUCGAGUCCGCGAGAGCCUCCCGGCACCGCCCCGUGCGCUGUCCCGUCUUCACUGGUCGUCGUACACUGCAGCCCGGAGAGCCGAGCGGAUUCGAAACCUCAACGAGCAGGCUGACCGUCGCGCCGAAGAGAGGGAGCGUCAGCUAGAGCGCCUUACGGGCAUUUCACUGCGACGCUAUCCUCAGCCGCGUAGCUUUGGCGGUCCCCAGACGCCCAAUAUCGAAGAGCUGGGUCGGUCCCUCAGUCGAGCAAACUCCAGCCUUAGAACGUUAUUGGAUCAGCCAGAUCCCACCCUCACUUCACUUCCCCAACCUCUGCGGCCCCAUGAGUUCACAGACGACAAUCGCCGGAAUAAACGCCGGAAACUCGACUCGGACAGAAUGGGGUCCGGCGGGCCCAAGGCCUUUCGCUAUGGUAGGUAUGGGCAAGUAGACCCGGGCCAGCUGCGGAUGGAGAUUGUGAGCUGUGACGGUGGCAUGUUCUCGAACCAUUCAUCAUACGCGGCCGAGAAUAUUCUCAAAGACGACAAUUCGGUAUACUGCACCAAGGGAAACAGAUGUAAUAUCAUUCUGCAGCACCAGGGCGGGACGGUAUUCACACUCCAGGAGCUGAUUAUCAAGGCACCCUGCGCCACCAACUUUUCGCAUCCUGUUCGCGAGGGCAUGAUUUUCAUCACCAUGGAUCAAGACGAUAUACUUAAUCGGACAGCUCAGUACCAAAUCCAGUACGGCCAAACAGCUAGAGACCGGACAAGGACGGGAGAAGCGAACAAUGCGCUGAUCCUAGAGCAAGAGCCUCGCCAUAUCAUUUCUAUCCAGCACCAUGAUGAUGGCACCACAAGCACAAGGGCCAGGAGAUCUUACGUCUAUCGAACCGAUGACGAUGAAGGUCGCCCUGACAUGCCCGAGGAGUUUAGUAGGGAAAUUGCUGGUUUUCGCGUUACUACAGAAUGCAGCGAUGAAGAAGACGAUGAUGAAGAUGGCUAUGAUGGAACACGGCUUCACCGGACCCCGAAUCGCAUUGGCUCUCUACCUUUUGAGACUCUAGAGUCUGAUGCAGACGAUAUUAUCCUGCCCUUCAGCCCCCAAGAUCCCUUGGACGACCAUCUUCUUCAUCACAGCCGCCGGCAUAACAUUAUUCAUCGACCUAGAGGUAGAGAUGACGACCACGACCACGACCAGGAUCAUGAUCAUGAUCUAAUCAAUGCGCCAAGCGCCUCUCUCUCCGAGGCAAUGGAUGCCCAUGCCAACGCCACUCAAGAAGCCAUCCGUGCCGUCGGUCUCGGCGGCAGCUUGCUUUCUCCCCAUGCGCGUUUUUAUAUCGAGAAGAAGAAGAGCAAGUGCACCAUCAAGUUUGAGCCACCUGUUUCUGCCCGCUACAUUCUUCUCAAAAUGUGGAGCUCCUCUCAUGACCCAACGAGCAAUAUCGACGUCCAGUCUGUCAUUGCCCAAGGCUUUGCGGGACCAAGAUAUUUUCCCUCUGUUGAGCUACGAUGA